AUGUAUCGUUACGAAUAAUGUUUGUUGCUUUAAUAAUUUAAUAAUUAUUUAAAUUACACCUUUAUGCUAUCUAAUUAUUUUACGAUAUCGAACCAAACUUACUCAAGUUUUACAUUAUGGUAGUCUAUAAUGACAAUGAUUUCGAUGUAUCAAUGUAUUGACAUAAUUAUGACUAUUGUGAAUGCUUUGAACUACGAAAUUCAGGGAGAGAAAUUAAUAUUCAUUUAUAGAAUAAUUGUAAGCCAUUUAACAUCUACAGCUUUUAGAUUUAAGUCUUUCUCAUAAUAGCAUUUCAUAUUGUAAUGAGCAAAUUGGAAAAGGAGAAGACAAGUUAGAUUAACAUUCUCACCUUUCUGAAAUUUGUCCUGAUGAUGUUGUUAUGGACUGAAACAGAUUACGAUUUCGUAUAAGGCAAUGAAAUGGAUCAGAGAAGUUACAGUUUGGAGGUUUAUGGGAUGAUGAUCUUUUUCGUUAUUGCUAUAGAAUCCUAGAUUGUUAAAUCUAUUGCAAUCUUAUUUUCAUUAUUAUACACAUUAUUAAGGUAAUUUAAAUAAAAAAUAGAUAGAUAACCAAAAUUCAAAAACCAUACUGAAAUUAUAGGCUCAACUAAAAUCAUCCUAGUCCACAUAUUCAUUUAACUAUUUUAGAUCUAUCACUUGUAUUCGAUACCAAAAACAAAGAUAGAUUAAAAGUCACUAAAUGAGUCCCCACUAUUGUCAUAGAGAGUAGGUCUAACAGUCACAUAAAGGGAAAACACAGAUACUUAAAACAAAAAAAUUAUUAUCCAGGAAGUGGUUGCAUAGGAAUUAGAAAACCAGAAGGGAAUAUCAAAUUAGGAAGAAGUAUUUGAAAUGUUGCUCACUGGAUUUUAAUGUGGUAUCUACAUCCUUGAAACUGCAAAAUAACCGGUUCGAAUAAUCAAUUCAUUUAUGUCCCACAUAGUUUUAAUUGAUGAACAACUUAAUAGUGAUUUAAUGUAAUUGGAACUAUAUGAUUUCGGAAUAAUGCAAGAGAACCAUAAUUACACAAUUUUACCUUGUUUCCAUAGAAGCAAAGACAUUAGUCAUUUCGUUGGAUUCACACAAACAUUAGAGUAUGCUUAUAUUCAUAUUAUUGGACCUAGAAUAUUUGUUUUGAAAAUAUACCAAAUAUAGAGAAGAAAGAAGUUCAAUUAUUUUAUAGAAAGAUGCAGUUGAAAACGUUGAUUGAACACUUGUUGGCUUUUUCUCACAUCAAAUUUGCUUUAAUCAAAUAAACCUUAGAUUUCUCGUUGAAAAUUUAUUUGAAGAAAGGUAUGUUGACUUGUGUAGUUUAGAUAAAUUAUACACGCAAGUAAUUCUCAAUCCAGUUGUCCUUGCCAAUAAACCACAAAUUGCAAUAUAUAUUUAGGAUUUGACAGAGGAACCUUUUAUUUUAUAAUUGCAAUAGUAUAUAAGAAAUGGAGAUGAGUUAAUCCAAACCAUUUCUCAGAAAAUAAAAGAACCUCUGAAUUGCACUCUAUCGAUGUUAGAAUUAGUCCAAGUAUGAUAUAAUAAUUCUAAAAAAGAAAGAAGUCAAUCAAGAGUUGUAAACUAAAUAUAUAGAUCCUGCUCUGGCUGGAUGUAAAUUAUUAAUUAGCACUGCAAGUGACAUCUAGGAUUAUGUUACUCUGCAUAAAAAUAACAAGUUGGAGAAAAGCUUAAUGGAUAUACACACCAAGGAGUUUAUUUCAGAUUGUUUGAAUAUCAUUAAAUCAUAAGCUUUGUUUAGAGGUUUGAGCAUAUAAGUCAACAUAAAACAAAAUGUUCCUAUAUUCCUGAAAACGGAUCCCAAUCGUCUAAGAUAGAUAAUACUCAAUUUGUUAGGUAAUAUUUUAUUUAACUGGCAGUUAAGUCAAUUUAAUUAACCAUUAACGGCUUCAUUGAAAUAGGAUGUCAGAAGUCGCCCUUGUUGGCAGAUCACAUUGAAAUCCUCAUUAAAGUUAUGGCUUAAAAUGUAAACGAAAGCAUCUUAGAAUCUAUUGAAUUAACGUUAAAGCAUCUUAAAUAAUAGACUUUACUUAAUCCUCAAGUGAUUGAUUUGGUUGCAACAUCCAAAUAAUUUUGUUUCUCCAUCAUCACAGCAUUUUAUAUCUCCUUAGCUAUAGCAAUUAUGCCAUUUGAAUUUAAUAUGGUUAAGACAGAAGAUGGUACUCAAUUUUAUUUUGUGCUCUUAAUUAAAAAUGAGAACCCCAAUUUCAGUCAAUAAUUAAGUUAAAAAAGAUAAUCUGCCUUAAUAGCAAAUAAAUAGUAAUUUCAAUAGGUCUUUGGUUAAAAUAACUUAUAUCGAAGACACUAAUCACAAAGACUUACAGAAAUCAGUAGAUUAUAGAUCUAAAAAAAAUUAGAGAAAAUCAAAAGAGAAUCCUAAAUUGAGACCACUAUAGAUAUGCGAGAAUCCAUUUUGCCAUAAUUUGGCUAAACUGAUGUUUCAGAUUUGUAAUAGCCUAAAAAAUCAUACUCAGUCUCACAAAUCUCCGAAUAAGAUGACUCUAAGAGUUCUUCUCAUGAUUCAAAAAAUGAAUUUAAUGAUCAUGAACAAUUCGAGGUGGAAAUUUUUUCUAGUAAAUCAAGUCUUUAUCUUAAUGAUAAGAUUGAGAAUAUAGAGAAGUAAUAAUAACCAUAGCAAUUUUUUGAUACUAUUUUAUAAGUGAAAGAACCUAAAGCAAGGAAGAUCUCAGUUAGUAUAAUAUAGACUAGGUUGAAUCAAUAAAUAUAAUAAUAAUAAAUGUCAUAGAGUCAGAGGGAUUCUCUAUUAACCUUUGGAGGUAGAUCUUCAGUUUAUUCAUCAAUGAGGGUUUCUUCUAUUAAUUUGGGUCCUAAUGAAUUGUUAGAUUGUUUUGAAAAAAUGGAGAGAGUCAAAAAUCAAUAAUUUAUUUAUAAAUGUUAGGUAAAUUUACAUAAUUAAUUUAAAAGUGUCCAAAGAUCCUGAUUUGUGAACAGAAUGACUUUGAUUUAUAUGCUAUCUCUCAUUAGUUGAGUAAUUUGAAAAUACCUUACGCUUAUACCAUGUAACGAAUCCACAUAGUUGAAUUAUUGAGGAAGCAAUUCUCCUAGUUCAAGACUUGUUGUAAAGGCUAUCACAUUGUAUUUAUUGGAGUGGAAUACGUCAAUGAGUAAUUAGCUGCUGAUUGCACUAAAAUCAAGGCAGUUCUACAGGAGUUCCAGAAGGAUACAAUAAUCAUUGGAUUGAUAGGGUUCUAAGGGGAGGAUUUCAGAGCCACCAUUAAAAAGCUGCCAUUCCAUGACUGCUUGUCUAAGCCAAUCAUGAUUGACGCUUUACUAUUUAUUAUAGCCAAAUGGGUAAGAUUGUGA